AAUCGCGCAUCUCGUCCAAAAUGUUCAAAAUCUUGUUCGUCACUCUCGUUGCUUUGCCAGCAAUUUUUGCCAUCAAGGACUUUACCAAGUGCAAAGGAAACGGCGGCGGUGAAUUGCCCGAAUAUGUCAACAUUCAGGGAUGCGAUGAAGCUCCUUGCCAUUUUUACGAAGGGGAGAUGUUGAAUGCUGAUGCUGGACUCACAGUUCCUCACGGCACAAAAUCCAUGAAAGUCAAAUUAGACGCCUACAAAUUGGGUAUCCGCAUUCCCUUCGACUUGCCUGAGGAAAUUUUGGACGCUUGCCAAUUCAUCGAAGGAGCCACGUGCCCCUUGAAGGGAGGCGAAAGCAUCAAAUACAACUUGAGCACGGAACUCGAAGGUAUCCCCCACGAUAAUGUCAAGGUCCAAAUUGAGUUUGCCUUGACUGACGACACUGGCAAGAACAUGAAUUGCGUGCGUUUUGACGCCAUUGUGCACAACCCAAAGACGGCUCGCGCUCACAAGUAUUCCGAAGUGCCACGAGCUGCUGUUAUGGCUUAAAGCUGAAAUUUCGUUAAAAAUUUUUUUGUGACCAUAAAAAGACGUUUUUAAUGUUACUACGAGCGACGGACCGUUUCAUUAAUAAUUAAAAAGACGAUUUUUAUCGAAAAAUCAUGCGAAAAAAUUAUUUUUUGCUGAAAUGCACUCAAAUUUUGUUUG